UCACUGAAUGGUUGAAAUGAAAUGGAGUGGCCUGUGUUUUCUUUUCUAUAUAAAGAUGUGGUGUGGAUGAGGUAGUGGGCAUUCAGUGGAAUCGAGAGAAGAAAAUUUGUAGUAUUGUAAAAUGAGUAGAGCCACAGAAAACAGCUUCCUUCCACUAGACAUAGGGAGCUUCAGAGAAGAGUCGAAAGCAGUGAUAGAUUUCAUUGCGGACUACUAUAAAAACAUAGAGAAAUACCCAGUUCAAAGCAAAGUUGAGCCUGGGUAUUUGUCUUCCAGCUUACCCGAUUCCGCUCCCUAUUCCCCCGAUUCACUAGAGGAUGUACUGAAUGAUGUGAAUGACAGCAUUUUACCUGGCCUUACCCAUUGGCAAAGUCCUAGUUUCUUUGCCUACUAUCAAGCAAGUUCUAGCACUGCCGGAUUCCUUGGAGAGAUGCUUUGCUCCGCCUUUAAUGUGGUUGGUUUCAACUGGAUUUCGUCUCCCGCUGCCACCGAGCUUGAAUCCAUCGUCCUUGACUGGAUGGCCAAAAUGCUCAAGUUACCAUCUUCUUUUUUGUUCUCUGGAACAGGCGGUGGUGUCAUUCAUGGUACUACCUGUGAGGCUGUCGUUUGCACUUUGGCUGCUGCUCGAGACAAAGCCUUGAAACAACUUGGUGGUAGUUGGGACAACAUAACCAAACUGGUGGUUUAUGCAUCAGAUCAAACUCAUUUCACUUUUCAAAAGGCCGCCAAAUUAGUGGGCAUACCCCCAUCAAAUUUCCGAUUCAUUCAAACAUCUUUCGCCACCGAGUUUGCAAUGCCACCCCAACUACUUCGUGUUGCUAUCGAAAAUGAUAUCCAAUCAGGCUUGGUGCCAUUGUACAUAUGUGCAACCAUCGGGACAACAGCCUGCGGAGCAGUGGAUCCUAUUGCAGAAUUAGGCAAAGUUGCCAAUGAAUACAAUCUUUGGCUUCACAUUGAUGCAGCUCAUGCAGGAAGUGCUUGCAUUUGCCCUGAGUUCCGGCAUUUCCUUGAUGGAGUCGAACUCGCAUCAUCUCUCAGCAUGAAUCCACAUAAAUGGUUUCUCACAAACAUGGAUUGCUGUUGUUUGUGGCUCAAGGAACCGCGCUUCUUAAUCGAUUCAUUGUCAUCUAAUCCAGAAUAUCUGGAAAACAACGCAACUAAAUCCAACGUUGUGGUGGACUACAAAGAUUGGCAAGUCACAUUGAGCAGACGGUUUCGAGCACUGAAGCUUUGGUUAGUGAUCCGCCGGCAUGGCGUGGAAAACCUCAUGCGCCACAUUCGAUCAGAUGUGGAGCUGGCUAAGCAAUUCGAGGCACUUGUAGCUAAAGAUGAGAGGUUCGAGAUUGUGGUUCCAAGGAGGAUAGUGUUGGUUUUCUUCAGGCUUAAGCCAAAACAUGGGGUAGACGGCAGAGAACUGAACCGGAAACUGCUAGAUGCUAUAAAUUCAAGUGGGCGAGCUUUCAUGACACAGGGAGUGGUGGCUGGAAUUUUCGCCAUCCGAUGUGUCGUUGGAGCUACUCUCACCCAAGAGCAUCAUUUGAAGGAUUUGUGGAGUCUCAUUCAGGAAAAAGCUCGACUUGUGCUGCUCCAAUGCACCCAAUAAAUUUCCCAUUUAUAUCUGGUGCUUAACUGCCACGGUUAACUCUUUUAACUUUCGAAGCUUAAAAUUUUCAUCCAAUAAAAUUUAAAUUGUUGUGACAUGUGAGAAAUAAAUGGAAUGUUUGAAGAUUCAGUUUUGUUUAGAAA